CAUCGUCACUUCCAAUUUCCAAAUCCCAAAUUCCAAUUCUCUCUCCUCCUUCUUUCUCUCUCUAAAACCUCCGUUCUCGUCAAUCAUGGAUAACAACGAUACCGUUCCUCAGCCAAGAACACUUCCUUCAACAACAUACGCUCUAAGCGGAAGAAUCAUGUUAAGCGCAAUCGUUAUCCUCUUCGGAAUCGUCAUGUUCAUGGCUUGUCUCCACAUAUACGCCCGUUGGUACCUUCUUCGAACUCGCCGUCGCGUAGCUCGUAACCGCGCUCGUCGCCGUACGCAUCUAGUCUUCUACGUCGAUACCGGAAAUCCAACCGCCGUCUCCGGUGUUUCCGGUUUCCGUGGCCUCGAUCCUUCCGUACUCGAAUCACUUCCAGUUUUCAUCUAUUCUUCAAAAGAUCAUCCAGAAGGACUUGAAUGCGCGGUUUGUUUAUCUGAUUUCGAACAAGGAGAGAAAGGUCGUAUUAUGCCUAAAUGUAGUCAUAGUUUUCAUAUUGAUUGUAUUGAUAUGUGGUUUCAUUCUCAUUCUACUUGUCCGCUUUGUCGAUCGCCGGUUGAAUCGGUGCCGGAAACUUUAAACGAGGUGGUUGUUACUGUAGUAGAUGAGCCUGAUAGAAACAGAACAGAUGUAGUAACCGAUUCGAUUUCAGAUCUGUGUUCUUCUACGUUUGUGCAUGAUGAAACCGAUCCGCCUAUGGCUUCAUCGUCGUUGAGUGAUCGGAGAAAAACAAUUGAAUUGUCGAUUAAUGUGUCAAGGAGUAACGAGUUGGAAGAGGAAGUCGGAACGAGUUCGCCGGCGAGUCAGGGGUUUAAAUCGCCGGCGAGUCGGUUACGUUCGUUCAGGAGAAUGUUGAGUAUGAAUAGAAAAGGUUCGGUAGGUAACGAGGCUGAUGUUGAGCGAGGUUCGGACGAGUCGACUCAUCAACUUAUAGUGAGUCAGACUCCUAGGUAAAAAAUUGAGUAUAUUACACGUGGCACUAUGUGAUUGGUAUUGAUGUAUACUUGGCGAGUCAUUAACUUGUACAUAGUAUCCUUAUCCUGUUUUUUUUUGUUUUUUUUUAAUUAUUAUUUGGCGAAGAAGAAGAUAAAGUAAACUUUAGAGAAAUCUUUAUUUGUUGUAA